AUGCUCAAAAGAUUUGCAGAUAUAUGCGCAAAACGCUCGGUAGAUAGCUACCUUAAGCAAUCAUUCCCUAGUAAGUUCGAUAAUGUGGUUGUAGCAAUGUCUAGUGGUGUUGAUUCUUCCUUAUGCGCUGCCCUCUACUCCAGCUUUCCAAAUGUACGAGGAAUCUACAUGCAGAAUUGGUCCCAACAGGCUGAUGCUCGCUCUAGCGAAGAGAAGGACACUCCUUGCUAUGAGCGUGAUUGGAAGGACGUCCAGAAAGUCGGUGCUCAUCUAAAUAUACCAGUCGAAAGAACGAAUUUUGAAAAUGACUACUGGCUAGACGUCUUCGAACCAAUGCUAAAACAGUACGAAUCGGGUUUCACACCAAAUCCAGAUGUGAAUUGUAACCGCUUUGUGAAGUUUGGAGCGCUGCGCACACUACUGGAUAAGAAGUACGGUAAAGAUAACUACUGGCUUGUUACCGGCCACUAUGCCCGAAUCCUAUCGCAUACAGACACCCUGGAACCACAUUUACUGAGAAGCUACUACGCUGCCAAGGACCAGAGCUACUACCUAUCUCAGAUCGAUCCCACAUAUCUAAGUCGGCUAUUAAUGCCAAUGGGCCACCUGCUUAAAGCAGAAGUCAGACAGUGGGCCUCAGAGCUAUCGCUGCCGACUGCCAGCAAACCAGACUCACAGGGAAUAUGCUUUGUAAAUCAACAAGGGCCUUUUAAGAAUUUUCUAAAGGAGUACUUACCUGCAAACCCCGGAGAUAUUAUCACCGUUGAUGAGCUCACGCAUGAGCGCAAAGUCUGGGGAAAGCAUGAUGGUCUGUGGUCCUACACGAUAGGCCAGAAGAUCGGGCUAUCCAUGCCGCAGGGCGAUCCAAGGUACAAAGGAGCCUGGUACGUCAGCGACAAAAGUAUUAGUAGAAACGAGCUUAUUAUAGUUAGAGGCCAGAAUAACCCAGCGCUGUACAAGAGUGCACUAACAGUCUCGGAGUUCAUCCCUCUCGGACACACAGAAGAAGUGAGGGACAGCAUGGACGACGCAGUCUCUAAAGGCAACUUGUACAUUCAGUUUCGGUCACUCCAGCGUCCCAUAAAGGUAACCCGUUACGACUGGCAGCAAUCAGUAAUUCGUCUGCAUCUCGCCGAGGAUCAGCGCGCUAUAGCUCCCGGUCAGUUCUGCACCGUAUACAGCGGCCCAAGGGUUCUCGGCAGCGGCCCCAUCUCUCCCUAG